AUGACAGAAGAUAUGCGGCGCUUCAGGGAGGCUGUGGCGCGAUAUCGUCGCCAGCCAGCUUUGACAAAAAUCACAUAUUGGCGUGAAAAGUUUAAUCCAAUGGGUCGGAUAGAUGAGGUGAUCCAGAUCCCCAACGAUAAUGACUUGCACGGGGGGGAACCACACACAUUUGAGGAGAAGGAUUCCGACGGCAGGUGGUUACUCUACGUCGCCGAAGUUCACAAGCGUCGUCAGUCUCCUACUGCCCACGCUGUGAGGCUGCCGCCUUCCUAUACACAACGCCUUCCAUCAAGUCAACAAGGCGGACCCAACAACGUUGGGGGUAGGAACAAGGAGAACAUGAGGGGGCCACAGUCUUCUACCGACAUGGUGAAUUCGUGCGCAAUAGAAUCUGACAGUAGCGAUGACGAGGACGUGGGAAACAAUGCGGACGCAGAUGAUGCAGAACGGGAGCGCAUCUCUCAGCUUUUCGAAGACUUCCCGACAUGCAUCCAAAUAUGCAGAAAUACCCUCGACAUAACUAACGACGAGUACGGCAUCAUGGCCAUCAGCAACGAGUGGUCAGGCUGGCGCCACCUCGACCCGGCGAAACUGCCACGGAGGAUCAGGAAGUACCUAUCAGGAUUUACGCGCAGCGAUGCCGCGGCCUUCCCCGACAGCAUCUUCUCAGACCUUGCCACGGAAGGGACAGAAUCUCACCACUGGCUACUAGCCACGGCUCGCAGGGAAUUCAUCUGCGACACCUCGACGCUGGACGUUUGGUACCGGCCCAUCGCCAACGCGCAGCGGAGGCCACCGCCACAACAGCCGCUCUGGGAGCUUGCGGGUGACUUUGCACAGAGGAAAAGGCGCCGGGCUCAGCAACCAUGGACCUACCAACCUCGUCAGGGCUAUACAAGUAGAAGAAUUCCUCUGGCGCGUCCGGUCCGCCGCAGGCGUUUAAAGGCCCCGAGGACGCUGUCGAAAUGCAACUGGCAGUUUUGGGAUGAGCCAGACGAUACUAACCACGGGCCCCAGAUCACCGUGACCGAGCCCAACGGAGAGUCACACUACCUUGUUGACCCGGAUACCUACCGCAUGAAGGUCGUGCAGCGUCACGGACGCCAGUCAGGCCAGGCUGAUUCCCAUGUCUAGACGUGCAGGAUAGCGGGCAGGACCGACGUCAUGAGCAGUCUCAGCUUCGAGGAAAUGGACGUGUAUAGCGAAGAAGACGAUUCCGGGCUCCUCCCAUCUUGCACAUCAGGGCACAGCGCGAGGUGGUGGCAGAGAUGGGGGAGAAUGUUCCUCAAGUCCGGGACGCAGCAUCGGCCCCUGCUACCUCUGUUUCAUCAAGCAGACUCGUCCUUCGAAUCCGAGGAAUUGGCCCUGCUUGGACAUGAUGGUUCUCAGGAUGAAAGGGCUCAUCUUGAAAAUAUGUGCAAGACGGCCCGUCCCUCGGGAGUCGCUGGUGCUUCUAAGUUUGCGGAGUCUGACGUGCUGCUACCCAAAGUCUCAGGUGCUUGAUGGGGGUUG